AUGCCUUCGCGCAAAUUACUCAGCGGAACACCCUGUACAGGUCAACAGGCAGAGCAUGCGCGAAUCGCCGGUCAACUUCAUCGUAACCCGAGCCAGAGUUUGACUUCGGAAUCACAUCAUGGAAUGAGCUCUUGGCAAGAGCUCGACGACAUUCCAUCUCAGCUACAACCAGGCAAGAAGCGCGUCGCCAGCUCCCAAGAAGACGGGCUUCCGCACAAAACACGCCAACUGCAGGCCAAAGCAAGGAUGUCGGAACUUAUGUCAGAGGCUGCAGCUAAGCUUGCCGAGGCGUCAGAGAAGGAGAAGAAGGUCGCAAUUAUUAGAGCGGAAGCAGCUGAGAAGAUAGCAGAAGCCAUGCAGAUGCGUGCAGAGUACGACCGCCGAGCAUUAGAGGAGUGGAUGGGAAAUCGGUCCCCGUGA